AUGAUUUGCAAUAAUAUUCAUCAAAUAAUCUCAUACAAUAAUUUAAUUAAUAUUGCAGUGGACUACCUUGAAACUGAUGUUGCCAAUUUAGGUAAGUGGAGUAAGGCCGCCAAGGAUGUCAUUGGAAAGGCGGAGGAUAAGUGUAAAGAAAUUCUGGAUAAAGUUAGUACUAAUUCCCCCGGAAGUGUGAUUUAUGAGAAGGCUAAAACAUUGAAUGAGAAGGCUCAGACACUUUUGAAGGCUGCGAAGGAUGCCAAAUUGGCUGUUGAGCUGAACGUCACUGAGGCUUUGAAGGUUGUUGUGGAAAUGGACAAAUCUCUUAAGAAGGAUUUGAAGAGUGUUAAAGAUAAGAUUAAGGAAGGGAUUAAAAGUAAGAUUCAGGAGUUGGGGGUUUUGGGUUUGGAUACUUUGGUGAAGAGUGAUUUGGGGAAGUUGAAGGGGAAGAUUGAGGGACUUAAAGGAGAAGUUGGUAAAAAUGGUGAAAAUGAUGCUGCGAAAAUAGCGCUGGAGGAGCUUGUAAAGGCAAAGAGUGCGCUGGAAACGGGCGCGGUAAAGAAUAUUCAAGAUGCAGAAGGUGAUCUCGAAGGUAAAUUUAGAACUGCGAUCCAAGGGCCGCUUAACACUAAAGUCCAAGAAGUUGGCACGGCGAUUGGGGAGCUUGGCGGGAAGUUUAAGGAUCGCACGACGGCUACAAGUAUUCAAGGAAUUUUCGAGCAUAUUAAAACAAAGGUUGGGAAGAUUAAGGGGCAGGAGGGGACAGAAAAUGGUUGGACAAUUAAAGAUGCCUCAGGCCUGGCAGGGAUCGCGCAGGGACUGACAAAGUAUUAUCAUAAGUUCAAAGGAGAUCCCUUUCAGAGUAUAGUUAAGGGCUGGGCGGAGGAGACCAUAUUACCAUUUAAUGUAUCGCUGAGGAAACAGCUCGGGUGGGGGGAUUUGGAUACUGCUACAAGCUACCACACCCAUCUCGGUAAUGAAAUUAGUGCCAAGAUCAAUAUGAAAUAUAUUGUCACUGAUGAAGGUGAGACGGAUUUUUCAACAGCUCUGAAAAAAUUGACGCCCUCCGGCACCGGCAUGAAAGACAAAAUCCAAUACGUCCAUCAGCAUUGCCAAACGUUCGCCGAGGUGAUGGACGAAGCACUGAAGAAGAAUGGGACCAGUGGAAACUCUGACCUAGUCAACGAGGUUAAGCAGAAGCUGAAGCAGGCGCUGGAGGGUGAUGCUGCCGAACGCCAUCCAACAAGGAAAGAGGCCUUAGAAAAGGCCUUACAAAACGCCGCCGAAAAAUGCACGUGUGGAGACUGCAAUAACAAAAAACUAGAAGAUUGCACAAAAUGCCAGAAGCCUGAGUGCAUAAUCUCGCAAGUCAUCGAGGCCACCCUAUCGGCGCUUUCAACCGCUUCCAGGCAAGUAGGCAAGGAGCUGAAGUCAGUGCUGCUCGGCGAGGGGACCAAAGGCAUAAGCAUCGCAGAACUGUUGGAUAACGCCCAAAAGACAACGGAUGAUCUUCACGAGCAGCUUGACGAGGCGACUGACCCCAACCAAGGCGCCGACCCAAAGAUCAGCCCCGCCCAAGCCGUGGACAGCAAGUUGCAGGCGGUGAGGAAUGAGUGGAGGAUGUAG